CUCAGCUCGCGGGAUUUCGAGCCUUUCUCGCGAGAUUUUCGCCCUAGCCGGUCCGACUGUGGUGGCAACUGACAGUGCGGUGUACAGAACAAUGGAGUAUAUGACAGAAUCCACCGACCGCAGCCCUGGACACAUCUUGUGCUGUGAGUGUGGUGUCCCGAUUAGUCCAAAUCCUGCCAAUAUUUGUGUGGCCUGUUUGCGAAGUAAAGUAGACAUCAGUCAAGGUAUCCCGAAACAGGUCUCAAUUUCUUUCUGCAAACAAUGUCAAAGAUAUUUUCAGCCACCGGGAACUUGGGUACAGUGUGCUUUAGAAUCCAGGGAACUUCUUGCUUUGUGUUUGAAAAAAAUCAAAGCUCCUCUGAGUAAGGUACGCCUUGUAGAUGCAGGCUUUGUUUGGACCGAGCCCCAUUCUAAAAGACUUAAAGUUAAACUGACUAUUCAAAAAGAGGUGAUGAAUGGUGCUAUACUUCAGCAAGUGUUUGUGGUGGAUUAUGUUGUUCAGUCCCAAAUGUGCGGAGAUUGCCACAGAGUAGAAGCCAAGGAUUUCUGGAAGGCCGUGAUUCAAGUCAGGCAAAAGACUUCACACAAAAAAACAUUCUACUAUCUGGAACAGUUGAUUCUGAAAUAUGGAAUGCAUCAGAAUACACUUCGUAUCAAAGAGAUUCAUGAUGGUCUGGAUUUCUAUUAUUCCUCAAAACAACAUGCUCAGAAGAUGGUAGAAUUUCUUCAGUGUACAGUUCCCUGUAGAUACAAAGCAUCACAAAGACUGAUCUCUCAGGAUAUUCAUAGUAACACAUAUAAUUACAAAAGCACUUUUUCUGUGGAAAUUGUUCCAAUAUGCAAGGAUAAUGUUGUCUGUCUGUCUCCAAAACUGGCACAAAGUCUGGGAAAUAUGAACCAGAUCUGUGUAUGUAUUCGAGUAACUAGUGCCAUCCAUCUUAUAGAUCCAAACACCCUACAAGUUGCAGAUAUUGAUGGGAGCACUUUCUGGAGUCAUCCUUUCAAUAGUUUAUGCCAUCCCAAACAGCUGGAGGAGUUUAUUGUGAUGGAAUGCAGCAUUGUUCGAGAUGUAAAACGCAAUGCAGGUGCUGGAAUGAUAUCAAAAAAGCAUACCCUUGGUGAAGUCUGGGUACAGAAAACAUCUGAAAUGGAUACAGAUAAGCAGUAUUUUUGUCGUACUCAUUUGGGACACCUUCUAAAUCCUGGAGACCUGGUUUUGGGGUUUGAUUUGGCCAACUGUAAUUUAAAUGAUGARCAUGUCAACAAAAUGAACUCAGAGAGAGUUCCAGAUGUGGUAUUAAUCAAGAAAAGCUAUGACCGUACCAAACGUCAGCGUCGUAGAAACUGGAAACUGAAAGAACUUGCAAGAGAUAGAGAAAACAUGGAUACAGAUGAUGAAAGGCAAUACCAAGAUUUCCUUGAAGAUCUUGAAGAAGAUGAGGCAAUUAGAAAAAAUGUCAACAUCUAUAGAGAUUCAACUAUACCUGUGGAGAGUGACACAGAUGAUGAAGGAGCACCUCGAAUUAGUUUGGCUGAGAUGCUUGAAGAUCUUCAUAUUUCCCAAGAUGCCACUGGUGAAGAAGGUGCAUCAGUGAUGACAUAAUGAGAUUAUAUUAUAGACUGUACAUCUCUGGGCUCAGGAAGUUGGAACAAAAUGACCUUUUCUAUGUAUUGCUUCUGUGCUUCCAUAUGGAGAAAUUUAGUUUUAAAUCUGAAUAAAUAUAACUAUUUUGAUUGUUUACUCUAAGCACUAAAAAGGAUUGAUAAUUUUGAAGUUCUAGAUAAUAAAAGAUUCAGAAGGAUAUAAUUGUUGCUGAUACUUGGGCCAAUUUAUGUGUGCAGUUUUAUCACUUUGCUCUUUUAAAAUAUAAGCUACUAUACUAU